AUGUCAUUUUUCAGUUUUGGUGGCGAGGAAGCAAGUGUCGGGCAAGCCAACUCUCUGACGAUAGGGCAGCCACCUGCAACCCCUGAGGCGCCGGCAAACCUCAUUGCUCUGGACGACGCACUCCUUUCCAGAGAACUGACAGUAAUCGGGGACUGCCUUCUCACUGAAGGUGGGGCCUUCCAUCGACGGAGCCUCGCCGACAUAAAAUGGGAAGUAGCCGUUACGGACAAGCUCGAAAAAGCAGAUUACUUUCGCGACGCGAUCCUGUCGCAAUCGGACCUGAUACCUGGGAGGUACGAGGGAGGGCUCAAGACAUGGGAAUGUGCGGUCGAUCUGGUAAACUACCUAGCGACACAUGAGGCUGAGCAGCUGCAAGGGAAGAGGGUUUUUGAGCUGGGGUGUGGGUCGUCGCUUCCUGGGAUCUUCUGCCUCGGGAAGGGUGCUUUGGUGGAUCUGCAGGACUAUAACGAGGAAGUACUUCGGCUCGUCACCAUACCCAACGUACUGUUGAACAUCGCCACAGAACUUCCACCAGAAGAUGAACAUGAAGGGGGAAAUGUCGAGGUGGACUUGGAUUUCACGAAAUUGGCCACGCUCCCAGUCAAUUUUUGGGCAGGGGACUGGGCAUCCUUGAAGGACAAGCUCGCCGACAUGUCUGCAGAACAAAAGUACGACAUAAUACUGACAUCCGAGACGAUCUACUCAGCAGACUCGCAUCGCAAGCUGCUCGAUCUGAUCAAAGCGGUGAUAAAACCUGGUGGCAUAGCAUAUGUGGCCGCCAAAACGACAUAUUUUGGCUGUUCAGGGUCCCUACCGCAGUUCCUGCAGUUGGUGGAGGAGGAUGGCUCGGCGAAAGAGAUACAGAGCGUAUGGGUCGAGGCGCACUCCGUGCGUCGUGAGAUUGUCAAGCUACAAUUUUGAGAAAUGAACCAUCGGCGAUGGUGCAAGCAGAUGUAGAAAUGAGACAUAGACAUAGACAUCGGCACCGAUAGACAAGGAGGUCCUGGUGUACGAUAGGGUAUCUAUUACGUAGUAAUGCACUGCACAAUGUAGCGGAGCAACUUCGAGUCCUUGAUUCACCAUCAUCAUCCUUAUCAUCAUCCUUGUACAUCCGCUUCCUGCUUGGAGGAGUCUCAGAGAGGUGCAUGUACAUAUGAAAAGCGCCUCGGAAAGCUUACCGAAGGUAAUGGUACCAGCUUGACAUUAGAGAUUAUGUCGUAGCUCCUGUCCCUUCCGUUUUCAACUUUAUCGUACGACAUCCUCAACGGCCUGAUGGAUUGCGAUGACGAUAACAGCCUCGAGCCUG